CUUUGGGGCUCGCGUCAAGAAACUCUUGCCGCUCAAGCUGUCAGUUUCGAAACCGCAAGCAUCAACAGUGGUGGAUAUUGAGUGAUAAAAAAAACGCGGAAUGGAGAUAUGGCUCUUUUGGAGGAUACCUUCGUUAUUCUUAUUACACAGGUGUUUUUUUUCUUAGGAGGAUGGGUGUUUUUUGUGAAAAAAUUGUUUCGAGAUUAUGAAGUGCAUCACACCUUGGUGCAGCUCAUAUUCUCAACGACAUUCUCACUGUCAUGUACCAUGUUUGAAUUGAUCAUAUUCGAAAUUGUUGGAAUUCUUGACUCAAGUUCCAGGUAUUUUCACUGGAAUGUUGGAUUGUACAUGCUGCUUUUCAUGGUUAUCGUAUUGAUACCAUUUUAUAUAGCAUAUUUUAUCAUAAGUAAUGUCAGAUUUGUUAGACUGAAUUUGAUACGACCACUGACAGUAUUGGUCUAUCUUUUUUACCUCUAUUUAUUCUGGAAAAUUGGUGAUCCUUUCCCGCUGUUGAGUCCAAAAAAGGGUGUGCUUUCCAUAGAACAGGGUAUCAGUCGCAUCGGAGUCAUAGGCGUAACGGUAAUGGCACUAUUGUCCGGUUUCGGUGCCGUUAAUUAUCCGUACUCGUCAAUGGCUUGUUUCAUGCGACCGGUCUCGUAUUCCGAUGUCCAAUCGGUCGAGAGACGUCUGUUACAAACGAUGGAUAUGAUUGUAGCAAAAAAGAAGAGGAUAGCAUUAGCGAAAAAGGGUGAAGUGUUGACCCCAACUGAAACGAGAUCGCGACUAUGGGGCAUGUGGUCACCGUUGGGCGGAAACCAAAGAAAUCAAGAGAAUGUGAAACAAUUGAGACAAGAAAUUUCUGGCUUGGAAGAGCUUUCCAGGCAAUUGUUUCUCGAGGCUCACGACAUGCAAAACGCCAGAGAACGAUUGGAAUGGGCCGCCACUUGGCAGGGAAAAUAUUUUAAUUUUCUUGGCUACUUCUUCUCCAUCUACUGCAUGUGGAAAAUAUUUAUUUCUACGAUCAAUAUCGUUUUCGAUCGCGUAGGAAAGAAAGAUCCCGUGACUCGUGGCAUAGAGAUAGCCGUUCACUGGAUCGGCUUUAAUAUCAAUGUCACAUUUUGGUCCCAACAUAUAUCGUUCUUCCUCGUCGGCUGUAUCGUCGUCACCUCGAUCAGGGGAUUGUUACUCACGUUGACCAAGUUUUUUUACGCGAUAUCCAGCAGUAAAUCGUCAAACAUAAUCGUCUUGAUACUGGCGCAAAUAAUGGGAAUGUACUUCGUGUCGUCCGUACUUCUGAUGAGAAUGAACAUGCCUGCCGAGUAUCGCAUUAUUAUAACCCAAGUUUUGGGUGAUUUGCAAUUCAAUUUUUAUCAUCGCUGGUUUGACGUCAUAUUUUUGGUGUCGGCGCUUUCGUCGAUCGUAUUUUUGUACUUGGCGCACAAGCAGGCACCGACUGAACGUGCCUAAAAGUCAAACGCGAUCUUUGUCGAUUGAAAAUUAAACUCAAUAACGAUUUUCAAGGCAAGGCGAGAGAGAUCAAAGAGGUUAAUUUGGAAGAUACGUGCAAACAGUGUGUAUUUCCAUUGUAAAAAGUUUAUUAAGUCUUGUUCUAUCAAUGGCUGUGUAAGACAAAAACAAUGAAAACAAUUAUUCAUCCAA